CUGAGCAGAAAGGGACGAGCCGGGUUAGUUGACGACCCGGGACCGGCUGGCACGCGACCGACCGAGCCGGCUUGUGUUCUGCCCCGGGUUUCUGCGCGUGGUUCUCGCCGGAGCUCGGCGACAGCGGAAGGUUGUCUCCAAACCAGCGUCGGACACUCGGCGCUCGGGGCGAGCGCCGCCGCCGCCAGCAAGCAAGCACCAGCAGCAAUUCGGCGGGGGACCAUGCCAGGCUCCAUGCCGAGCACGGAGCGACCACCUGCGCCGGUUGACGGCGGGCGUAGCGCGGACGCCGACGAUAAGGCGGCGAUGUCCGGCGCGGGUUCGGCGCUGAAGCAGGCGGGCAUCAUCGACCCAUCGGUUCCCAUCCGGGAUAUACAAACCAAAUUUGCCGUUCUCAGCGGACUCAUUCAAGCCGGGGAGGUUAGCAACCGGGAUAUCGUGGACACGGUGCUCAAUUUGUUGGUGGCGGGCGAGUUCGAUCUGGAGGCCAACUUUGUCAUUCAAGAGGCGGACGGCAUCGGCUGCCUGCCGGCUCUGCUGGAGCACUGCGACGUCGCCUGCCAGGCGGAGAUCUGGAACGUGCUGACCGCCAUGCUGCGCAAGAGCGUGCGCAACCUGCAGAUGAGCACCGAGGCGGGCCUCGUCCGGCGGCUGCUGCUCCGGAUCGGCUCGGUGGAUGACAUGAUUGCAGACUUGCUGGUGGACACGCUGGGCGUGCUGGCCGGCUACAGCAUCACGGUGGGGGAGGUCAAGCUCCUCUUCAGCAUGCUGCAGGCGGAAGGCGGCCUGUGGCCCAGGCGUGCCGUCAAGAUGCUGGCCGUGCUCAACCACACGCCCCGGCGACACGGACCCGACGCCUUUUUCAACUUCCCCGGCCGCAGUGCCGCUGCCAUCGCGUUGCCUCCCAUUGCCAAGUGGCCUUACCAGAACGGCUUCACGUUCAACACCUGGUUCAGGAGGGAUCCCUUGAACAACAUCAACGUGAGCAAGGACAAGCCCUAUCUCUACUGUUUCCGCACCGGCAAAGGCAUCGGCUACUCUGCGCAUUUCGUCGGCAACUGUCUGAUCGUCACGUCUCUCAAAUCCAAAGGGAAAGGCUUCCAGCACUGCGUCAAAUACGAUUUCCAGCCGAGAAAGUGGUACAUGAUCAGCAUCGUCCACGUCUACAGCCGCUGGAGGAACAGCGAGAUCCGUUGCUACGUCGACGGCCAACUGGUUUCUUACGGAGACAUGGCCUGGCACGUCAACACAAACGAUAGUUACGAGAAGUGCUUCCUGGGCUCCUCGGAGACGGCCGACGCCAACCGAGUCUUCUGCGGCCAGCUGGGAGCCGUCUACGUUUUCGGCGAAGCUCUCAAUCCGGCGCAGAUCUUCGCCAUCCAUCAGCUCGGACCGAGCUAUAAGAGCACGUUCAAGUUCAAGUCCGAGAGCGACAUCCACCUGGCCGAGCAUCACAAGCGAGCGUUGUACGACGGCAAGCUGGCGAGCGCCGUGGCGCUGGCCUACAACGCCCAAGCCACCGAUGCGCAGCUGUGUCUGGAGUCGUCCCCCAAGGAGCACGGCUCCAUCUUUGUGCACUCGCCCCACGCGCUCAUGCUUCAGGAUGUAAAAGCCACGGUGACUCACUCCAUCCACCGGGCCAUCCACUCUAUCGGAGGCAUCCAGGUUCUCUUCCCACUCUUUGCUCAGCUGGACUAUCAUCAUUUGAACGAAAGCCAAUUGGAGACCAGCGUCUGUGCUACCCUCCUGUCCUUCCUGGUGGAACUGCUGAAGAGCUCUGUGGCCAUGCAGGAGCAGAUGCUGGGCGGGAAAGGCUUCUUGGUCAUUGGCUACCUGCUCGAAAAGUCGUCCCGCGCCCACAUCAGCAGCUCGGUGCUGGAGCAGUUCCUCUCCUUCGCCAAGUAUCUGGACGGCCUGCCGUACGGGGCGGCGCUAUUGAAGCAGCUCUGCGACCACAUCCUGUUCAACGCCGCCAUCUGGAUCCACACCCCCGCCAAGAUCCAGCUGUCUCUGUACACGUACCUGUCCUCCGAAUUCAUCGGCACGGCGGCCGUCGACGACACCAUCCGGCGUGGCGGCACGGUGCUCCGCUUCAUGCAUACUCUCAAGUACUACUACUGGGCCGUCAACCCGGCAGGCGGCAGCGGCAUCGCCCCAAAGGGUCUCGAUGGUCCAAGGCCGACCCAGAAAGAAAUCAUCUCUCUGCGGGCCUCCAUGCUUCUCUUUCUCAAACAACUCAUCUUGAAGGAUCGAGGUGUGAAGGAAGACGAGCUCCAGAGCAUCCUCAACUAUUUGUUAACAAUGCAUGAGGACGAGAACCUCCACGACGUGUUACAGCUGCUGGUGGCCCUCAUGUCCGAGCACCCGGCCUCCAUGAUUCCCGCUUUCGACCAGAGAAACGGAAUACGGGUGCUCUACAAACUUCUGGCAUCCAAGAGUGAAGGCAUUCAAGUGCAGUCGCUCAAAGUGCUUGCCUACUUCCUCAAACAUUUGGGACACAAACGAAAGGUAGAGAUCAUGCACACCCAAAGUCUCUUCACCCUCCUGGGCGAGAAGCUGCUGCUGCACGGCGGCGGCGGCGGCGGCAUGAGCGUGACCACCUACAACGCGCUGUACGAGAUUCUCACGGAGCAGGUGUGCACGCAGGUGGUCCACAAGCCGCACGCCGAGCCCGACUCCAGCGUCAGGAUUCAGAACCCAAUGAUCCUCAAAGUGAUGGCGACCCUCUUAAAGAACUCGGCCCCCGGCGCCGAGCUGAUGGACAUCCGCCGCCUCUUCCUCUCCGACAUGAUCAAACUGUUCGGCAGCAGCCGAGAGAACCGACGAUGCCUGCUGCAGUGUUCGGUGUGGCAGGACUGGAUGUUCUCUCUGGGCUACGUCAACCCAAAAAGCCCGGACGAGCAGAAGGUCACCGAGAUGGUGUACGACAUCUUCCGUAUCCUGCUGUACCACGCCAUCAAGCACGAGUGGGGGGGCUGGCGCGUGUGGGUGGACACGCUCUCCAUCGCGCACUCCAAGGUGACAUACGAGGCGCAUAAGGAGUACCUGGCCAAGAUGUACGACGAAUACCAGCGUCAAGAAGAGGUGAACAUCAAGAAAGGGGAGAAAGGUUCGGUCAGCACCAUCUCGGGUCUGUCGGCUCAGGCCACCGGCACGACGUCCUCUGUGGACAUGGCGGAAACAACGGACGGCGGCUCCCGCUCGCCGGGCAGCGACGGCGCCGAUUGGCACGACGGGCGCAAGCCGGAGGGGAGCGCGGCGGUGGGCGGCAUCGCAGCGGAAGUCCGGCACCUCCUCGUGGACAUCAAAGCGGAGAAGGUGGAAGCGACGGAGGUGAAGAUGGACGACGCGGACCCGCUGAUGGAGGCGGACUGUCUGCUGGACGAUGUUUACGGCGCCGUGAUGCCGCCGAAGAACGGCGCGACGGAGCGGCGGAUCUCGGCUCCUCUGAUCUCGCUGGACGACGACAAAGACGGCGUCCCUCAGGGCAGCGCUUUCUUGUUGCCCGACUUGCACCAGGCUCGUCCUUUGGGACCGGGCGAAGAUCUGCGCCUUCUGGCCACCUCGGACUUUGCCUCCUUACCUGGCAUCUCGGAAAAGGAUGAGCUCCAAGUCUCGGCGGAGGGGGCCUCGAUCUCAGUUGCGGUGCCCUCUCAAGGCGACCUUUUGGCCAUGUGGAGCAAGAGCGAGAAGCCCUCGGACACGGCGGAGGAUGGCGAGAAGAUAAAGAUUCAAACCAGGACAACCACGCAGAGCCUAAACAGCCGACUUGGCAGUCCGACGGACGGAGCCCAUUUGCCGGGCGACGGCGCCCUGCCAGAGCGGGACUACGAACAGCAGCAGCAGCAGCGGCGGCGUCAGUUCAGCCCGGGCCCUCGCACCACCAUGUUCCGCAUCCCGGAGUUCAAGUGGUCGCCCCUGCACCAGAGGCUCCUGGCCGACCUGCUCUUUGCCCUGGAGAGCGACGUGCACGUCUGGAGGAGCCAUUCCAGCAAGUCUGUCAUGGACUUCGUGAACAGCAGUGAGAACAUCAUUUUCGUCCAUAACACCAUCCACCUCAUCUCGCAGAUGGUGGACAACAUCAUCAUUGCCUGCGGUGGCAUCCUGCCGCUGCUCUCAGCCGCCACUUCUCCGUCUGUGGAGAACAUCGAGGCGACGCAGGGCAUGUCGUCGGAGACGGCCGUCACCUUCUUGUCUCGCCUGAUGGUGAUGGUGGACGUGCUGGUCUUCUCCAGCUCGCUCAACUUCAGCGAGAUCGAGGCGGAGAAGAACAUGUCGUCUGGCGGCCUCAUGCGUCAGUGCCUGAGACUCGUGUGUUGCAUGGCAGUGAAGAGCUGUCUGGAGUGCAGGCACCGGCACGGCGGGAACAUGCCGAUCGCUACCACCACCAACAACAACAAGUGCCAGGACAUGCCAGCAAAUACUGACCCCGAUCGCCUCCUGCAGGAUGUGGACAUCAACCGCCUGCGUGCCGUGGUCUUCCGUGACGUGGACGACAGCAAGCAAGCUCAGUUCCUGGCUCUGGCCGUGGUCUACUUCAUUUCCGUUCUCAUGGUGUCCAAGUACCGCGACAUCUUGGAGCCUCAGCGCGAGACGGGCAGGACGAGCGCCAAGCCGGGCCACGGCGCGCCCGCUGCUUCUCUGACUUAUGUUUCUGCCCUCUCAGAAGCCGGACAGACCUUUGCGGACCCUCCAGACCCCCCUCCGGCUUCAGACGAGCGCUCGCUUCCCCGCAGCGAGCCGAGCGUCCCGAUCGAGGGGCUCGUCGGCGUAGUCAACGGCUGUGAGCUCUUCCCCGAGCCUCUGCCGCCCUCCUCCUCCUCCUCCUCGGGGCUCAACGUCAAGGAGAUCCUCAAGAGUCUGGUGGCCCCGCCCAUGGAAGGCAUGGAGGCGGGGCUAGAGACGGUCUCCUGCCCGGACCUCGCGGCCGAGGCCCAGAGGGCACCGCCCAUGCAGUUCCACUCCUUUGACAGGAGCGUGGUGGUACCCGCCAAGAAGCCGCCCCCGGGGGGUCUUGCCGUCACCACGGCGGGGGGCAGCCCCGCUACCGGCCCGGUGACGCCCAACAUCUUUGCGGCUGCCUCGAGCAACCCUAAGAGCAUGAUCAACACCAUGGGAGCCAUCGACGCCUCCGCCGGCGGCGCCGGGCCGUCGUCCUCGUCCGCCCUCGUCAACGGCGCCACCAGGAGGAACCUCCCCGCCGUGCAGACGGUGGCGCCCAUGCCCGAAGACACUCUUGAGAACAUGAGUAUCACCUCCAAACUGGAGCGAGCGUUGGAGAAGGUCGCCCCACUGCUGAGGGAAAUCUUUGUGGACUUUGCGCCCUUCCUGUCGCGAACCCUGCUGGGCAGUCACGGACAGGAGCUGCUCAUUGAAGGUCUGGUGUGCAUGAAGUCAAGCACGUCGGUGGUGGAGCUGGUGAUGCUGCUUUGUUCUCAAGAGUGGCAGAACUCCAUCCAGAAGAACGCCGGCUUGGCCUUCAUUGAGCUCAUCAACGAAGGAAGGUUGCUGUGUCACGCCAUGAAGGACCACAUCGUGCGGGUGGCCAACGAGGCCGAGUUCAUCCUGAACAGACAACGAGCCGAGGACGUCCACAAACACGCCGAGUUUGAGUCGAACUGCAGCCAGUACGCUGCCGAGAGACGAGAGGAAGAGACCAUGUGCGAGCACCUGAUCGGCGCCGCCAAGCAUCGGGAUCACGUGACCGCCAGUCAACUGCGGCAGAAGAUCGUCAACAUCCUCACCAACAAACAUGGCGCCUGGGGGACGCUGGGCCAGAGGCCGCCUCCCGAUUUCUGGCGUCUGGACUACUGGGAGGACGACCUGCGGCGGAGGCGGCGAUUCGUCAGGAACCCGCUGGGCACUGUGCACUUGGAGGUCUCGUGCAAAACUCUGCAGGAGUACGCGACGGAAGAAGACGAGCUGGUUAAGUGGAAGACUUUGGUCUUCCCGGGACAAAGUUUUCCCAGCCCGAGCCCCGAAAUUGAGCCCAUCCUGGAGGGAGACGACGACUCCGCCGGCCUGCUGCAGGAGAAGGAGACGGACGGCCUCGGCGGCCCGGUGGUGCUGAGCAGCCCGGCCCAGCUGGUGGCUCCCGGCCUGGUGGCUCGGGGGACCCUUUCCAUCACCGGCAGCGAAAUCUACUUCGAGGUGGACGAGGACGACCCCGCCUUUAAGGGGGUCAGCCCCAAGGUUUUGGCGUACACAGAAGGUCUGCAUGGGAAGUGGAUGUUCAGCGAAAUCCGCGCCGUCUUCUCCAGGUGUCACCUGCUGCAGAACACAGCCGUGGAGGUCUUCAUGGCCAAUAGAACAUCCGUCCUGUUUAACUUCCCUGACCAGUCCACAGUGAAGAAAGCGGUGCAUAGUCUUCCUCGAGUCGGCGUGGGGACCAGCUAUGGACUCCCACAAGACAGGCGGGUCUCGCUGGCCAGCCCUCGGCAGCUCUUCAAGUCAUCCAACAUGACGCAGCGCUGGCAGAGGAGAGAGAUCUCCAACUUUGAGUACCUCAUGUUCCUCAACACCAUCGCAGGCAGGACAUACAACGACCUGAACCGCUACCCGCUCUUCCCCUGGGUGCUGGCCAGCUACGACUCUCAGGAACUGGACCUCACCCUGCCCGCUAACUUCCGAGAUCUCUCCAAGCCUGUCGGCGCUCUCAACCCCAAGCGUGCCGCGUUCUUCGCCCAGCGCUUCGAGUCGUUGGCCGACGACCAGACGCCGCCGUACCACUACCGACGCUACUGCUCCACGGCUGCCUCUGUGCUGCAUUGGCUCAUCAGGGUGGAGCCGUUCACCAGCUUGUUUCUCAGCGCCAACAAUGACACAUUUGACCACCCGGACCGCAUUUUUUCCUCCAUCGCCCGCUCUUGGAGGAACUGUCAGCGGGAUCCCUCUGACGUCAAGGAGCUGAUCCCGGAGUUCUUCUACCUGCCGGAGAUGUUGGUCAACGCCAACGGCUACCAUCUGGGAAUGCGUGAGGACCGCGUCAUGGUGGGCGACGUGGACUUGCCGCCCUGGGCCAAGACCCCCGAAGACUUUGUGAGGAUCAAUAGAAUGGCGCUGGAGAGCGAGUUUGUGUCGUGUCAGCUGCAUCAGUGGAUUGACCUCGUUUUCGGCUACAAGCAACGCGGGCCCGAGGCGGUGCGCGCCCUCAACGUCUUUCACCACCUGACGUACGAGGGCGGCGUCAGCCUAGACGCCAUCACAGACCCUUUGACCAGAGAGGCCACAGAGGCGCAGAUCCGGAGCUUUGGACAGACGCCAUCUCACUUGCUCAUCGAGCCACAUCCUCCACGCAGCUCCGCCAUGCACCUGAGUCCUUUGAUGUUCAAGGACCAGCUGCAGCAGGACGUCAUCAUGGUGCUGAAGUUCCCGUCCAACUCGCCGGUGACGCACGUGGCCGCCAACACGCUACCGCACCUCGCCGUGCCGGCCGUGGUCACCGUCACGUGCAGCCGCCUCUUCGCCGUCAACCGAUGGCACAACACUGUCGGCCUCCGAGGAGCACCCGGAUACUCCCUGGAACAGGCUCAUCAUCUCCCAAUUGAGAUGGACCCUCUGAUUGCCAACGGCGCUGCGAGCAACAAGCGUCAGAUCACAGACUUAGUGGACCAGAGCAUCCAGAUCAGCACGCAGUGCUUUGUGGUGACAGCUGACAACCGCUACAUCCUGGUGUGCGGCUUCUGGGACAAGAGCUUCCGCGUGUACUCCUCGGAGACAGGAAAGCUGACCCAGAUCGUGUUCGGCCACUGGGACGUGGUGACGUGUGUGGCGCGCUCCGAGUCGUACAUCGGGGGCGACUGCUACAUCGUGUCGGGCUCCCGAGACGCCACUCUUCUUCUGUGGUACUGGAGCGGCAGGCACCACAUCAUUGGCGACAACCCCGCCAACAGCGACUACCCGGCGCCGCGAGCUGUCCUCACGGGCCACGACCAGGAAGUGGCGUGCGUGGCGGUCUGCGCAGAGCUGGGGCUGGUCAUCAGCGGGGGCAAAGAUGGCCCGUGCCUUGUGCACACCAUCACCGGGGACCUGCUGCGGGCGCUGGAGGGUCCUGAGGGCUGGCGGCGGCCGCGGCUCAUCUCGGUGUCCAGCGAGGGCCACUGCAUCGUGUACUACGAGCGCGGGCGCUUCUGCAACUUCAGCAUCAACGGCAAGCUGCUGGCCCACAUGGAACUCCGAGACAGCACCAGGGCCAUGGUGCUGAGCAGCGACGGGCACAAUCUGGCCACCGGUGGCGACAACGGCGUGGUCCAAGUGUGGCAGGCGUGCAGCCUCGAGCCACUCUACGUGUACCCGGCCUGCGACGCCGCCAUCAGAGCCAUGGACCUGUCCCAUGAUCAAAGGACCCUGAUCACUGGGAUGGCCUCAGGAAGUAUCGUCGCCUUCAACAUCGACUUCAACCGCUGGCAUUACGAGCACCAACACCGAUACUGAGCGACGACCCGGCGGCGCUCACUCUGGACCAAGAACCGCGACCGGGGUCCGAGAGAGACGACGACAACGUCGCGUGCGGGCCCCGUCCCGGUGGCCUGGCAAAAAACAGGUUUGCCUUCAAGCACCGACGCGCUUGACGUCUGCCAGAGUUGCGCGAGCCAAACGAGAACGUGGGAAAUGUACAACAAACGGUUCCGAGACUUGCUCGUAAACCGAACGGAAUCGGAUUAUCUCCCAUAAAUAUACAAGCCGGUGUCAGGAUGUGACCGUGACAUGCUGGACUUGGGAAGAAAAUUCCUGUCAAGCAGGAAUAUGUUUGUUUAUGUCCGGUUUAAACAUCCAGAGAGUCACGCGGCACACAACCAUGAGGAGUUUUUCCAUCCUAGCUCAUAAACACACAGCCAAACUAAGCAGGGAGGGUGCUGUGGGGGGGGGGGGGGGGGGGGGUGAGUCACGACCAUGAUUAAGGUGACAUUUACAGGGGAGAAAUUUGUUUUCUCCGUCUUGUUCCCCCCGCCGAUGAUGUGUGGAGGUCAAUUCAUGGCAUCCAUUAACUUGCUCUCCAAGUGGGGGAGUUGGACCUGCUGACAAUUCUCCUCUUAUCUUAUUAACGUUUAAAAUUUGAUAUCCUCAUUUUUGUAAAUGUAAAAAUAAAUCCAUUUCAAGUCAGGCCUUUGUCUUUUUUUCAAGACUUCCUGGCUGGCUGGUAGCUCUCGCUUGUAACCGCAUUUGUGCUUGAACACUGCCCUCUAGUGGGAGAGAAACGUUCAAACACGCAAAUCUGGAUUUUCGAGAUCAUGCAAGAAUCAUUUCAAAUCAACCACUGAUCCAGUCAAAGAAUGAAAGAACAUUAUUAUUUUUUUUAAUGACUGUGUGAGGCCACGUCCCCAACCAGCUCCUCCUCCUCAAGGGAGCAACAACCCGAGCAGGUCGUGCCGUUCGAAAUUGUAGCAUGUUUAGCAGACUGUUUUCCAACACUCGGACACACAACAACAGUGAUGCUCAAGCACUUGGAGACUGCGUGUAAGCGUCCUCCUAGCUUGUAUGACACCACACAUUCAGUCUGUGCACCCCCCGCCCCCCCCCCCCCAAAAAAUAAAUAAGUGCAACUGUGCAGUCAUGACAUGAACAUAUUUCAUAAUUUAAAGUAUGCAAAUGGAUUCAUAUUUUGUGGCAAACCUAUGAGAGGAGAGCUGGAAAAUAAGCUUUUUGUCGUUUUCAUUUGAGAAUCAUUUAGAUUUGUUUGUAUUCAUUAGUUGAUAUUGUGAAUGUGUUUAUGCAUCGCUGUUUUUUAUUUAUUUAUUUAUGCCGCGAUACUUCGUUGCCUAUUUGUAUACUUAUGUUUUCUGAGUUGCAUUUUAAAUAUACAUAUAUAUCUCUAUAUAUAUAUUUUUUUGAAGUCUGGGAUAUUUUCUCUUUAGAUGUUAUUCAUGCAAACGUGUUUAAAAAAUGACCAUGUCACUUUACUGAAUGUCUUUUUCUUUUCCAAGUGCUUUUAUUGCUACUUUCUGUCUGAACUUGUCACAGCAGGAUUUCGCUUUAAAAAAAUGUUGUUUCCCCCACGUCACUUUUCAGCAUUUUUAAUGAGAUAAAAGAAGAAUAAAAAGAUUUUUUGGGGGGGAAAAA